AUGACUCAUACACUUUUGCUGUACUGCUUGGUGUUUCUUUUGCCCACAGAGUCAUGUAGGACAUUGUCCCAGGCUGCCAGCAAAAGCAGGGAGAAGGUGCCUGCCAGGCCAUACGGUGUAUGCGAUGGUGUCUGUACAGACAACUCCCAGUGUACUCAACCUUGCCCUCCAGACACUCAGGGAAAUAUGGGGUUUUCAUGCAGGAAAAAGACAUGGCACAAGAUCACUGACACCUGUCGGACUCUUAAUGCCGUCAACAUCUUUGAGGAGGAUUCACAUUUGGUUCAGCCAUUUGAAGACAAUAUAAAAAUAAGUGUAUAUACUGGAAAGUCUGACACCAUAUCAGAUCUGUUGCUACAAAAGUGUCCCACAGAUUUGUCUUGUGUAAUUAGAGGCAUUCAGCAGUCACCCCGGAUACCAGGAAACAUUGCCAUAAUUGUGCAGCUCUUACACAACAUAUCAACAGCAAUAUGGACAGGUGUUGAUGAGGAAAAGAUGCGGAGUUACAGCACCAUAGCCAACCACAUUCUUAAUAGCAAAAGCAUCUCCAACUGGACUUUCAUUCCUGACAGAAACAGCAGCUAUAUCCUACUGCACUCAGUCAACUCCUUUGCAAGAAGGCUAUUCAUAGAUACAUAUCCCGUUGACAUACCAGAUGUCUUCAUUCAUACUAUGGGCACCACUAUAUCUGGAGAUAACAUUGGAAAAAAUUUCACUUUUUUGAUGAGAGUUAAUGAUACCAGCAAUGAAGUCACUGGGAGAGUGUUGAUCAGCAGAGAUGAACUUUGGAAGGUGCCUUCCCCUUCUCAGGUCAUCAGCAUUGCAUUUCCAACUAUUGGGGCUAUUUUGGAAGCCAGUCUUUCGGAAAAUAUUACUAUAAAUGGGCUUGUCCUGUCUGUCAUUUUGCCCAAGGAACUUAAAAGAAUCUCACUAAUUUUUGAAAAGAUCAGCAAGUCGGAGGAGAGGAGGACACAGUGUGUUGGCUGGCACUCUGUGGAGAACAGAUGGGACCAGAAGGCCUGCAAAAUGAUUCAAGAAAACUCCCAGCAAGCUGUUUGCAAAUGUAGGCCAAGCAAGUUGUUUACCUCUUUCUCAAUUCUUAUGUCACCUCACAUCUUAAAGAGUCUGAUCCUGACUUAUAUCACAUAUGUAGGCCUGGGCAUUUCUACUUGCAGCCUGAUCCUUUGCUUGUCCAUUGAGGUCCUAGUCUGGAGCCAAGUGACAAAGACAGAGAUCACCUAUUUACGCCAUGUGUGCAUUGUUAACAUUGCAGCCACUUUGCUGAUGGCUGAUGUGUGGUUCAUUGUAGCUUCCUUUCUUAGUGGUCCAAUAACACACCACAAGGGAUGUGUGGCAGCCACAUUUUUCGUUCAUCUCUUUUACCUUUCUGUAUUUUUCUGGAUGUUUGCCAAAGCACUCCUUAUCCUCUAUGGAAUCAUGAUUGUUUUCCAUACCUUGCCCAAGUCGGUCCUGGUGGCAUCUCUGUUUUCAGUGGGCUAUGGAUGCCCUUUGGUCAUUGCUGCCAUCACGGUUGCUGCCACUGAACCUGGCAAAGGCUAUCUACGACCUGAGGCCUGCUGGCUCAACUGGGAUAUGACCAGAGCCCUUCUGGCUUUCGUGGUCCCAGCUUUGGCCAUCGUGGUAGUAAACCUGAUCACAGUCACACUGGUGAUUGUCAAGACCCAGCGACCUGCCAUCAGCAAUUCCAUGUUCCAGGAAGUGAGAACCAUUGUGAGAAUCAGCAAGAACAUUGCCAUCCUCACACCACUUCUGGGACUGACCUGGGGAUUUGGAGUAGCCACCGUCAUCGAUGACAGAUCCCUGGCCUUCCACAUUAUCUUCUCCCUGCUCAAUGCAUUCCAGGGCUUCUUCAUCCUAGUGUUUGGAACCAUCCUGGAUCCAAAGAUAAGAGAAGCUUUAAAGGGUCGAGUAACCUCUGCAAAAAGGAGCUCCACAAUAUCAGAGCAAAAGGAGAUUCAGGGUUGGCCCAAGGAAUACACCCACAACAAGCGAGGAGGUGAUCUAGAGCCUCCCACGCCAAUGUCUGCUGGGGUCCACAUCCCCUGUCACGGACUGGGGCUUUAG